CCCCCGAAUACAUCUUUCUACACUCCACUGCACCUGGGGCUCUGACCAUCCAUCCUUUAUAUAUACACCGACACAGUACCUGAGGAACCACUCCUCCUCUAUAUCUAUGCGCUUAUUGAUAUGAGCGCAUCCCCUUAGAAAUUCAAGACGUGUGCGAAUGCAAACCAUGGCUGACACAAGCGGUGCAGAACGGGUACCUCCCGAAGACCGCGAACUGGUGGAGAAGUUGGCCAAGUUGCAAAACAUGUACAAACAGAUCGCGGGCCUUCGGACUCUGCUACCGGAGAAGUUGAUCAACCCAACCCGGUUCGCACUGGAGAAUCCGCAUGGGUAUGAUCCUGAGAAGCUCGCCGCGUUUCUCCAGGGUGCCGCACAAACAGGCAGUCAAGAUGUCAAGAAGUUCAAGAAGGACUGGCACAGUGACGAAGUGCGAGGACUUUGGCAAACAGUGAAUACUAAUGAGCUCCCUCCGGGUGCAGAUGCUUGGGCUGUAGACUAUGAGGCGCUUUUGCAGAAUUCUGUCCCCAAGGAAGCCUCCGCGAAAACCCCACGGGACGCCCUGCCUCAGCAACAUCUGCCUCCCACCCAGGCCGACAUUGGCAAGAUCGUUGGGGACUUUCAAGCCAAGCACCCAGGCCUGCAAGUAAAGGUGUAUCAGGAGGGCGACGUCUUGUCUAUCGACAUUAAUGUCGCUCAGCUGGACUUCCGCGUCACCCGGGACUCAUCAUCGGCAAAUCAUCGCUAUGUGGUCAGCGGUCACCCCGGCACUGUGCCCUCCGUACUCCGUGACAGUAUUGUCGAGGCCAUUCGUUCAAGCAACGCAACCAUGGAUCUCGCUGUGCUACUGGACACGCUCGCCGCUUACCAUGAUAUCAAAUCGAGGCCUUGCGACAAGUGCAAAAAGCUUGUCAGUAACACCAAAUUGCAGCUGCCCUUGGUCAGACAACUGAAAGGUGAAACGCCUGGCAAACAAGCCCAUUUCCUUGCUCUUCAUCAAGACUGUGUAGAGGACAUUCGGGAUUGACCUUUUUCUUUCACGUUGACAUCAUCGGGUUUGCUGCACCCGUCGGUUAUUACACAACAAUACGUUAAGUUUGCGGCCUGGAGUUGAACACCGCUAGUCUAACGAACUUCUGUCUGUGCACAACACCUUGGUGGAACAUGAUCAAAAUCGACCCGAAGUGAACAUCAGCAAAAUUUGGAUCCCCAUUACCAAAAUUCGUGGAGGUAUGGCAGCUUGGCUUGGAGUGUCGUACGGCGCCACAUGUCCUCCGGAGAACCGAAUGAUCAAGAGGCCUGGAAAAGGCAUAAUGAUUGUUCCGCAAAACGAGAAAUGCCGAUGGUGGGUCCGGCAACGUCCAGGCAUCGCCGCGCGAAUGAGCGAACAACAGCCUGUCAACAAUGCCUAUAUCCGCUUUCAGAUGUUGUCGAGAUACUGGCCGAAGCCUCUGCCUACAUCAAAACUCUUGAUACCGCGGAACAAAUGCUUCAGGACGUUGACUGCGAGUGACCGGCCAUCUUGCCGCGCUCGAAGCUACGUUGAAGUCAAAGGAGAACGCAGCCCUACCCCAAUAGCAUGUCUAGGCCGACUCUAGAUCCCCUUCAACGUGAAAGAUGACGAAAUCAGAGAGUACAAAGAUGCGCGUGUCCCGCUCUAGGCGGCUUUUCAGAGCAAAGGUUGGGCGAAUUAACAACCAGGCCGAAACCCUGGGGGUUCUGAAAGCAUUCAUCGAAAUGAAGGACGAUGAAAUCAGACAACAACAGACAGUCUAUGGAAAGAAAUUAGGGGGACAACUGUGCGUCUGAAGGGCCGGUGGACUCGAAGAACUCGGAGAUCUAGGAGCAGAAGAAGUCUCUGGCCAAAUAUGAGUCUUACUCAAAGGCAAGGAGACGAACACCAUAUUCCCGGCAGCAAGAGCCUGCCUACAAUGGGUUAUAUAAAGAGAUGAGAACGGAUGUCUGAUCACACUGGUUGCUCUUGGUCUCUAUUUCCAUGGUACUUGAACUUUUUUCCCGGGAUCAGGCCUGGCUGCCAAUGGCCGGGCGGAGGACCGUCAAGGACGCAGGUCCUGAGGAUGCAGGAAGAGGAGGAGUUCUUUCAAAAAAUAUUGCAACUUUUACGAUCGUUUUUCACAGCUCAUCUGUGCCACUUGUUGUUGCUCAAUUUUCCAUAUGUCUCCACGAUGCUCCCAAAGCUCACCAGUGAUAUAAGCCUAGCCCGCCGGGACGAAAGGGCUGCGGGAGAAGAGGUUGUUGUCGGCCGGGCAGCCGGCGACAUCAGAUCUCAACAAGUGUCUCAAUCUCCGUCAGCCCUCCCUUGAUUCAUAUGGUCCUACUUUCACCAGUAUCUUCAUGCACGAGGACUUGGAGGCAAGUUGUCGGAUUUGUAGUCCCUCACCUUGCCUCCUCUGCCAUCACCAGUGCCUGCUCCGGCCGACGGCCUCUCCUACAGAAAUCUCGUUAGAAAAGCCGGCAAUGUACAUAAAUAUUGAUAGACCGUUGCUGGCCCUGGCGAUACCCUAUGUGGUAUGAGGAUCGGGCUUGAGUUGCCAAUGAUUGAGUGCAAUGUUUAGAACUGUGUUCCCAGGCGAGGCUGUGGAACGGUGGCUAUGAUGUGGCCGGGAUAAAGGGUGC